GGUUUGACACAUCCUAUUUGAGUUUUCCUAUUUCCAUUGAAUCAGAUUUAUUCACAAAUUUACAUGUUAUUGUUACGCAUUUAGUUAUUAAAUUAUACUAUUUACUUUAGUAAUUAAUUACCAUUAAAGUAAUUUAGAUCAAAUAUAUCUUUCCUUUAAGAAUUGUCGUGUUUCUCUAAGGUUUCCCUCGUUAAUUUCUACAAUCGGUUAAUAAAAUCUUUCCCAAAAAACUUAUAAAAAUGACGGAAAGUUCUGUAGAUGAUGGGGAUUUUAGGCGAAAAGACUUUAUUUGUGGUGUCGUUGAAGGCUUUUACGGUCGACCGUGGACGACUGAGCAAAGAAAAGAUCUGUUUAUAAAGCUAAAAAAAUGGGGCCUAGACAUGUAUGUAUACGCUCCAAAGGAUGAUUAUAAACAUCGGGCAUACUGGCGGGAGCUGUACACAGUGGAGGAGGCUGAGCACCUCACCUCACUGAUCUCUGAAGCCAAAUCGCAGGGCAUAACUUUCUGCUAUGCACUGUCACCAGGUUUGGAUAUAACAUACAGCAGUCAGAAGGAGAUCACCAUUUUGAAACGGAAGUUGGAACAGGUGUCACAGUUUGGCUGUACCUGCUUCUCCCUGCUGUUUGAUGAUAUUGAACCUGAAAUGAGUGAGGCGGAUAAACAGAUAUUCCAGAGUUUUGCUCAUGCUCAGGUGUCAGUAACAAAUGAGAUACACCAGCAUCUUGGCUGUCCACGUUUUCUGCUGUGUCCGACACAGUACUGCUCCACUCGGGCCGUGCCAACUGUGAAUAGCUCGGAAUACCUCAACACCUUGGGUACUAAGUUGUCCCAGGAGAUUGAUAUUAUGUGGACCGGACCCAAGGUUAUAUCAAAGACGUUGACAACAGAGUGCAUUGAAGAGAUCACUCAAGUAUUGAGAAGACCGCCAGUCAUUUGGGACAAUUUGCACGCCAACGAUUACGACCAAAAGAGAAUUUUCUUGGGUCCAUACUGCGGUAGAUCGCCCGAAUUGAUUCCACUCCUACGAGGCGUUUUAACAAACCCCAAUUGUGAAUAUAACGCGAACAUGAUACCGAUCCGCACUCUCGCGCACUGGGCCAGCUGCAGGAUGGAUGCGCCUGCGCAUAACGAAGCUGUGUCCUGGGACAUAAAGUUGGAACGUGAAGGAGACCAGGGUGUGUGCGAGGAUGAAGUGCCUCUGGCUCUUGGCAAGCAUGUGUACCAUCAUCGUCAGGCAUUGCGCCAAGCGAUAAACGAGUGGCUGCCGGAGUUCUCUAUACCGAAGACAGCUCAAGGACCUGUUAUUAAACCUCAACCUACAGAGGCAGCGAUCAUCCCGAUAGUGCCGUCGGUGAACACGUGCAUGUCGCUGGUCGGCACCACCAGCACGGCCAGCGUGAGCGUCGCGCAGAUACCGACGGUCACCACCACGCACCUGCAGGCGCUGCCCGACCUGUGCGCGCAGCAGCCGCCCUUGAUGUCCACAUCGGAAAACUUCAACCCCGUAUCCAACCCAGUCAUGAACUCCCUAGUAUCACCCACCAAAGUGAUCCUCAACGAGUCCAUCCCCAAUCCUAUCAUCCCCAUGGCGAAUUCCAACAUCGCCGUGCCAUCAGAAAUACCAAUUUCAACGCUGCCCGUUCCCAUAUUGGGACUCAAACCACUGGAGGAGAAGAUAGACGAAGCUAUGGAGAAGAUCGAUGUUCACGAGUCACUGUCCAAUGAUAGCGUGCUGGAAACGAGCUUCAUGGAUGUGAGGAAGGAGGAAGACCAGAUUAUAGUGGAUGAUGAUGAACAGAAGAAUGGUGAUAUGAGUGUUGGUGACACCCCCCAAACGCUGUCUCCCAGCCGGCCGGUGGAGCCCCUCGAUGUGGACCCGCCCUCCACGGCCGCCGACUCCGAUGUGGUGAUGAACGAGCCAUAUAGUGAGAACGGAUCGAUGCAAGUGGAGCCAAGCAACAGUCCACUGAGUGCUGACAUGAUGGUGGAACCCGUUGAAGUUUCUGAUGAAGCGCGUGAGCAGUCGGCGAACGCACUGACAGCCGAUGACUUGCUCCUCCUGUGCGACCUGUUCUACCUGCCGUUCGAGCAUGGGUCCCGCGGGCUGCGGUUGCUGCACGACUUCCACUGGCUCACCACGCACGCGGCCAGCAUCCUGCCCAGGGGCAGCAAGCCGGAGACGAGCGAGUGGCGGCGGCGGCUGCGGCGCUUCGGCUGGUGGGGCGCGCGCGCGCGGCGCCUGGCGCGCCGCCUGGCCGCCGCCGCCAACCGCGAGCUGCACGCCGAGCUGCGCCCCUACCUGUGGGACCUGUGCGCCGUGCUGGCGCUGCUCGCCGCCUUCCUGCACUGGCUCGAACUCGGCAAAUUCCCGGCAAAUAUAGCAACAAAUAUGCAAGGAAGUUAUACAUGGUUCUCUCGGGGGUGGCGCGAGGCGUUCGAGAGCGGCGCGCAGGAGCCGUGGGUGUUCCGCGGCGGGCUGGCGGCCGACCUGCGCCGCCUCGUGCCGCUGGACUGCGGGCCCGACCUGCGCCACGCGCUGCCGCUGGCCGCGCCGCCGCCGCCGCCCUGCGCGCUGCCGCACCGCGUGCGCCCCUACGCGCCGCGCGACGAGCUGCCCGUGUGUACGAUAUGCCAUAAGACGUGUCGCGACGGCGCCGACUGCAGCGAUCUGUUCCCGAGCGACUUGCAGAGCUUGCCAGCUGAUAGGUUAGUGAUGCCGUUCCUAACGCUGACCCCGGAACUGUGCAUGGUGAUAGAGGACGACGGUGAUUGCUUCACGGAUGACGCGACUGAAGGUGAUGACGACUCGGAAGGUGAUAAACCGGAAGGGGAAGUUAAAGUUAAUGGUGUGAAACCGGAAAUUGUGGGUUACGCGUGCGCGGCUCUGAACAGCAAGGAGUUCUACAAGAAGCAGGAGAUCGCGUGGAUACCGGAGAUGUGCAUCAAGUAUCCGGAGGAGCUCGUCCAGAGGGAGGACCUGAGUCAGGCGGCUAAGGAGUGCAUCAGCCACUUCCACCAGUUCAGCUCGCUGGAGCGCGCCCCCGCGGCCGUGUCGGCGGCGCACCCCGCGCUGCUCACGUGCUGCGUGCUGCCCGCGCCGCGCGACCCGCACGCGCCCGCGCGCCUGCUCACCUGCCUGCUCGCCGCGCUGCGCGCCAACGGUGCCAGCGGCGUACACGCAUGCAUCAACUCGACGGACCACUACCUGCAGCAGUUCUACAGCAAGCUGGGCUUCGUGGAGCUGGCUCGGGACGGCACUCGCGUCUAUCUAGCUAGGUCAUUCUAGCGCAUGCACCCGAAUGACCUAGGUCCAGCGUAAGCUUCUGGAUCUGGCCUGGAAAAUCUGAAACUUCGUGACUAUAUUUCAUUGACGUAUAUACAGUUGGACCGACAAACACGCUCUUAAAUUGUUGCAGAGUUUUCUAACGAGCAUUAUAAUAGAUUUUGAACAUUACUGCCUCACAAUAAGGUGUUAAUUUGAAUGAAUGUUUUACACGACCCUAUUUGGAUUUUUUUUAAUAAUAAUAAUGAUAGGCGUUUGUAUGUAGGUGUUUAUGAUACGUCAAUGCUAUAUAUACAGAUGGACCUAGAUUGAUCUAGAAAUAAGUGGCUUGGAUCGCUUCACGUUCGUGGAUGGUCUACGCCUAAGCUGAUGCCAGAAAUACAAUAUAUUAGGUUAUUAUAAGUAUAAUAUUGUAAUUUUUGUUAUUGGAAGAUAAAUCUGACUACCGCUUAAGAUCUAAAAAUUUCUUUUCAAUACAUGAAGAUGUGUGGUCAGCGUUUUUGUAAUUGGAAAAACUUAAAAAAAAAUGUCGUGUUUCGCAAAUUCUAUUAUUAGUAUCGAAAGUGUGAAAUUUUCUAAAAAUACGUGAGUAUUUUUUUAUAUGUAAUAAAUAAGGAAAGUUAAACAAAUAGCAAAUAAAUCGAAUCGUCAAUAUAACUUGGUUACGUAUAGUAUAAAUAAAGGAAUAAGUCAAAAAGAAAUGAAAAAGUUUAAAAAAGGGAAGCAAAUCUAUUAAGAAAAACGCAGUCAUAAAAAGCUUAUGCACACGAGAAUGACGAAAUACGAUUAGAAUGUUUUAAUUAAUUACACUCCUAAAAUAAGGUAAUUUACGAGGCAAUUGUUCUAAGAAAUAAUGAAAAGAAAUACAUAAAAAAACUAAACUUAAAUAAUAAUAAAAAUAAAUAAAAAAAAUACAAGCUCUUUUAACAUACUUUGCGUUUAUAUCACUCGUUUCAUUUAUCAGGUAACUCAAAAUAUCGUGGUUGUUAUUAUGACACGUAUUAUUUUCCAACCCAUAAAAAAAAAUAUUUUUCUUUUCGAAAAAUAUGCUCCAUAUACUUCAAUGUAAUCGCUUUAGAGUGCUUGUGCGUUAUAUAGGCUUAAUUUAAAGCCUAUAGAAGUCUACUCUGGAAGAUUCAAUCUUUGUAGACCCUCAUAUAAAGUUAUGAUUAUUAGUUGUCUCCCCUCAUUAUAAGGUAGACAAAUAUCCUACACUUUACUGCCAAUCUUCCGUCACUGUAGAUAGACCGGUAGAUUACGGAAUAUUUAUAAUUAAUUAACGAUUUAAGUACUUACGUUUUGGAUGAAAA